UGUAUUUGGAAAACUAUCCAUCAAAGUGGACACAUUUAAAAAGCACACGCACACAUAAGAGUCAUAGCUCCUUGAAGGCUAUAUAAGAGGUAACCUCUUUCCCCAUACCCAAACAGUCUUCUUCUUCAACUCUAUAACAUAAAACACAGAGAGAGAUACCAAAAAACAAAAACCAAAAUUUUCUCCAAAUCUAUUUCUUUCGAAUCAAACCCAUUUCUUGAAACUCGAUUUCAAACAAACCCAUCUCAUUGUUUUCACCAAAGACUUUUUUUUUUUUUGUCGGAAUCUGAUUAAAACCAAGCAUGAAGAGAGUCAGAGGGUUCAAAAUUGGACACAGAUUUGUCAAAAUUUUCAAAUGGAUACCAAGAAACAGAUGCCCGACCCGAAUCACAAACCCGGUUACCGGAAUCCGGUCAUUAGCACGGUGUUUAAGCCGUGGAGCUAAGAGAUUGUGCGGUGGAAGCAAGAAGAAUCCGGGUCAGAAUCAGAUCCGGUUGGGUAAGGAUCCGAAAAAGUCGAACCGGGUUGUUCCUCGAGGACAUUUGGUGGUUCAUGUCGGCGAAUCAGACGAUGACACGCGGCGAGUUGUGGUGCCGGUGAUUUACUUUAAUCAUCCAUUGUUUGGAGAAUUGUUGGAGCAAGCGGAGCGGGUUCAUGGGUUUGAUCAACCGGGUCGGAUCACUAUUCCUUGUCGGGUUUCGGAUUUUGAAAAAGUCCAGUUGAGGAUCGCUGCAUGGGAUCAUUGCCGCAGGAAAAAUUCUUACAAGAUUAUAUAAUUUGAAUUUAUAAAAUAGUCAAAAAUCAAAAGAGGAUUAAAAAAAUUUAUAUACACUUAUACAGUACAGAGAAGGAUGAUUUCCUUUAAUUUGUGAAUAUUAGUUUUUUUUACCAUCUAUGUUAUACGAUAAAUACCGAUUCAUAAAUACAAGAUA